ACGUCGGUGAAAGACCGAAUAUUUGGUUAUAUUAUUAGACAUCCGCGACUCGACCAUCUUACGGAAUGGCUUAAGAAUGUGGAUGAGGCACUUGUUGAUUUUGAGGUUAGAUUAGUGGAUAUUGAGGCCAGGAUUGGUUCGGGCGGAUCGGAAUCGGUGAGUUCUUCUCUUAUUGAUAAUAUUAGUUCGAAAGUGUCGAAAAUGGAACGAGAGAUAGAUUACAUGGAUAAUCAGCGAAGAAUUAAUAAUGUAAUAAUACAUGGUUUGGAGGAAGGGGCUGGAGAAUCGGCUAAUGAUACUUUAGAGGCAGUUAAAUUCUUUGCUAUGAAUAAGUUGAAUUUGCCUGUGUUGAGAUAUGUUGAUGCUAGGCGAGUUGGAAAGAAAUUUGGUGAUAGGCCUAGAAUAAUAAUUUGUCAGUUUGGGUCUCUUAAUGAUAAAUUAUCUUUUAAAAAAGCUGUUUUUGAGUCCCGUAAUUUGAAUGUAUUUGUUAAUGAUGACUUUUCUCAACGAAUAAGAGAUAUAAGGUAUAAGUUAAGGAUGUUUGGAAGACAGAAGAAAUCUGAAGGUGCUCGGAAAAUCCGAUUAACUUAUGAUAAAAUAUUUAUUGAUGGAGUGAAAUACGGAUAUGAUGAGAAUUCGGGUAAAAUUAUUGUUGUUUCUUCAUAGCAACCACAGUCCCAGUGUACCUCUAUAAUGAUAUUGAAUUGUGCUGGUAUUAAAAAUAAACCGUACUCAUUUUGGAGGUAUGCAUCGCAAUUUGAUUUAGUUUUUUUUGUCUGAAACCUGGUAUUCUUCUAAAAGUAAUAAAAAUAAUCUGGAAGUUUUAUUAGAUUAUAAUUGUAUUAUUGGUAAUGCUUUUAGAGACGGUUGUAGGGGUAGAUUUAAGGCUGGAUGGUUGCUAUUUAUAAAAAUUUGCUUUUGUUAUAAAGUACUUUAUAAAGAUGAUUUUGUGGUUUUGAUUAAUAUUAUAUUCCCUGUGGGAGAAUUUUUGUUAUGUUUUGUAUAUAUGCAAGAACAUAGUUGGCAGGAAAUAUUUGAGACACUAAAUAAUUUUGAUUUCAAUGAAGAUUUAAAUUUAAUUAUUUUGGGUGAUUUUAAUGCUCGGAUGGGUGAGGGAAAUGUUAUUCCUGACUACAUUGGUAAUGUUUAUGAUAUUGAUUUGGUUAAAAGAAAAAGGAAAUCUAAAGAUGUGAUUGUAAACAGCAGAGGGAGAAAGAUGCUUCAAUUUUGUGCAGAUAAAAAUUUAUUAAUAUUAAAUGGUAGAACGUCUGGCGAUGAAGCUGGGGAAUAUACAUUUGUGUCCAGCUUGGGUUCUUCAGUUAUUGAUUUUGGUUUAACAACUUUUUCUGUAUGGGGUUGUGUUAAGUCGUUUUCUGUGGAUGAUAAUUGUAUUUUUUCGGAUCACUUUCCUAUGGUAUUAUGUUUGAAUAAACCUGGUCAAUCUAAGGUGAAUAAUAAUGGGAGCUGGCAUGAAAGAAUUUUUUGGAAUGAUGAGUCUAUAAAUAGUUUUAUGUUUGAGUUGGAGAAGUGUCUGUUAGACUGUGAUUCUGUUUCUUUAUCAGAUGUUAGUAAAUUAAUUGUUGAGAUAGCUAGUGCUAAUAAUAUGAAUGUAAAACCAAAAGAUUAUAUAAAUACUAACAAUUGGUUUGAUUUAGAUUGUCGUUUAAUGAUUCGUAACAGAAAUAGAGUUUGGAGAGCUUUUAAGAAAAAUGGUUUGGAAUCAUACCGUAAAUUAUUUGUGUUAUUUCGUGGCUUAGUUAAAAAGAUUUGUUUAGCUAAGAAGAAAAAGUUUUUGUAUUCGGUUCAGAAUUCUGGGAUUUUCCGUAAAAAUAAUAAAUGGUUUUGGAACCUAAGUAAAAUUAGAAAUUAUAAUAGUAGAGUGAACAUCUCUUUGGAGGAAUGAAUUAUCGCAGAGAAAUUUGCAUGUAUUGUCAGGAUGAUCAGCUAUUGGAUGCUUUUCACGUGAUUGCUAAAU